CCAACACCACACUCACACUCGCAAAUUGCUGAACCACGCCAUCAUCCCCUCUCCAGACGCGUGUGCACGCUCUGCUACUUGACAAAGACGGCCUCGCUCGUCACCUCUGGAGCUCCGCAGGCAGAGUCUUCUUCUGCUCUUAAUUCACGUGCACCUCACUGCUUCUGAAACAAUGGCGACUGUUCAGCACAUCUAUCCUCCCAACCCGACCACCACGCGUGCCUCUUCCACGCCCAUCGCUUGGGAUGCGGUCGGCAAACGGCUGGUCUAUCCGUGUGGUCGCUUGGUGGUCUUACGAGAUCUGAUCUCACCAACAAAGUCCAAGCUGUACGGCCAACACACCACAAACGUCACCGUCGCGAGGGUAAGCCCGAAUGGCUACUAUUGCGCAAGCGCAGAUGCGGCCGGAAAUGUUAGGGUGUGGGACCUGGCGGGCGAGGAGAUGAUCUUGAAGUUGGAAAAGAAGGCGCUGUCUGGGCCCAUCAGAGAUUUGGCUUGGGACGGUGAGAGCAAGAGGAUCGCCGCGGUCGGAGAGGGCAAGGAAAGCUGCUUCUUGCGCUUGGUCUCACACUUCCAUCCCUUGACGCACAGCUUCGGCGCGUUCUUCCUCGCAGACUCGGGUUCCUCGUGUGGUGAGGUGACGGGACACAGCAAGGCGCUCAACUCUGUCGCGAUCAAGCCACAACGACCCUUCAAGGCAGUCUUGGCUGGCGACGAUAAUGCCGUCGUCUUCUACGCCGGGGUCCCCUUCAAGUACAACUCGACGCAAUCCGUGCACACUCGCUUUGUGCAAUCCGUCAGCUAUGCGCCCACCGGCACAUUUUACGUCAGCGCAGGCUCUGACGGAAAAUUGCAGCUCUACGACGGAACGUCGGGCGAGCCCACCGCAGCUUUGACCGACAGCGCAGCAAACGCAGCUGGUCAAGCUCAUGCCGGUACCAUCUUCGCAACGAGCGUCUCUGCCGAUGGUUCCCUCGUCGCUUCGGCAGGAGCAGACGCUAUCGUCAAAGUGUGGGAUGCAGCCACUCAGAAGCUCAAGCACGCUUUCGAUUUGAAGAAUGCGAGUGGCGGCGGUGCUAAUGACCAGCUAGUCGGCGUCACUUUUGCGGACAAGGGCGAAGCUGUAGCGCUCGCUCUCGGGGGUGCUCUACACGUCUUGAGAUACGACGAAUCGCCCUCGUCAGCACCAAAGACGCUGCACGCUCCUACACGCGCCAUAGGGACCGGGGCAUUCGCUGUGGUUGAUGGCGAGCUUCUGUCCGGGUCAUUUGAUGGUCGCAUCGUCAGCACUUCUCUCGAUGGUCGUGUCAAGCAGAUCCAGGCGACGGGAGCUGCAGUGACUGGAAUUGCAGCUGCUACCCCGAGCCUGGCUUGGGUGAUUGGUAUGGACGACACAGUCAGGAGGUAUUCCAAUGCCGCAUUCGACUCGACAGCAGUCGGCACUUCUGGGCAAGCGCGAUCCCUGGCCGGCUCCAGUUCUGUAGCUGUGGUAGCCACCUCGAACGGAGUGGACAUUCUCAACGGAUCGCCAGUGCAACGGCAUCAGCAAAAGCUAGACUUUGAUGCGACGGCUGUGGGCCUUUACUCGGACGGUCAAGUUGUAGCGAUUGGCGGAGAGGACGGCAAAGUAAGAUUGGGGUCCGUCGCGAAUGGCGCAUUCAAGCAGACCGCUUUGCUCGAGAAUGGACGCAGAGGCGUGACGGCCUUGGCCUUCUCGCCGGAUGGCUCCCUUCUGGCUGCAGGAGAAGCUGGCGGGCGCAUCAUGGUGUACGACGUGAAGGAUGCCAAGCUCAAGUUGAACCAGUGGACCAAUCACACGGCUCGCAUCAGUGCCAUUGCGUUCUCGCAAGAUGGCAAGCGCGCCGUCUCUUCCAGCCUGGACACCAACGUCAUCGUCUGGAGCGUCGACAAUCCUUUCAAGCACGUCGCAAUCAAGAAUGCGCAUGCAGGCGGGGCAAAUGGUGCCGUAUGGCUCGACGCUUCCACGGUCGCGAGUGCGGGAGCGGACGGCAGCAUUAGAAGUUUCAAAAUCCCUCCUGCGCAAUCCUGAAGCAGUUUCGCAUUGCGCAAUGGGCAGCGAGGCGUUGGACAAUGGAGAGGAGAAAAUUGCAUGUCAUUGUCACUUGUCCCGUCAUUGUCCGAAGGGUAUAAUGAGUAGCGGCAGG